AUGAGUACGCCUGCUAAUUACACUCGUGUUCCACUCUGUGAACCAGAAGAUAUCCCAAUUGAAGUCAAAAGAGAAAAUGAAAUUGGUAAAUUAACAAGCAAAAAAUAUCUUCAUAAAGUGAAAACACUCCAUGGUGUCCCACUAAAUAAACCAACCAUCGAUACACCCCCAUAUUAUAUUUCAUUAUUGACAUAUUUAAAUUAUCUAAUCCUAAUUAUCCUUGGUCACAUUCACGAUUUCUUAGGUGUCACUUUCCAGAAAAAUAAACAUUUAGAUAUCUUAGAACAUGAUGGGUUAGCUCCAUGGUAUUCCAAUUUUGAAAGUUUUUACAUAAGAAGAUUGAAAAUGAGAAUCGAUGAUUGUUUCUCAAGACCAACCACAGGUGUCCCCGGUAGAUUUAUUCGUUGUAUUGAUAGAAUAUCUCAUAAUUUGAAUGAAUAUUUCACCUAUCCAGGUACCACUUCCAUGUGUUUGAAUUUAUCUUCUUAUAAUUAUCUUGGAUUCGCUCAAAGUGAAGGUCAAUGUACUGACGCUGCUUUGGAAAGUAUCGAUCAAUAUGGGAUCCCAUCUGGGGGUCCAAGAACUCAAAUCGGUACUACGGAUUUACAAGUAAGAGCUGAAAAAUUAAUGGCAAAAUACAUUGGUAAAGAAGAUUCAAUGAUUUUCUCAAUGGGGUACAGUACUAAUGCUAAUUUCUUUAAUGCAUUUAUGGAUUCUAAAUGUCUUGUCAUUUCAGAUGAAUUGAAUCAUACUUCCAUUAGAACCGGUGUCAGAUUAUCUGGUGCUGCUGUGAGAACUUUCAAACAUGGUGAUAUGGAAGGUUUGGAGAAAUUAAUUAGAGAACAAAUUGUACUUGGUCAACCAAAGACUAAUCGUCCAUGGAAGAAGAUUAUCAUUUGUGUGGAAGGUUUGUAUUCCAUGGAAGGUACUUUAUGUAAUUUACCCAAAUUGGUUGAAUUGAAGAAGAAAUAUAAAUGUUAUUUAUACGUUGAUGAAGCUCAUUCAAUUGGUGCUAUGGGUCCAACAGGUCGCGGUGUUUGUGAACUUUUCGAUAUCGAUCCAAAUGAAAUUGAUAUCCUAAUGGGUACUUUCACCAAGUCAUUCGGUGCAGCUGGUGGUUAUAUUGCUUGUGAUAAAUGGAUUAUUGAUAGAUUAAGAUUGGAUAUAAAUACUGCAAGUUAUGGUGAACCAUCUCCAGCUCCAGUGUUAGCUCAAAUCAUUUCUUCUUUGGAAACUAUUAUCGGUAAACGUAAUCCAGGUGAAGGUGAAGAAAGAUUACAACGUAUUGCUUUCAAUUCUCGUUAUUUACGUUUGGGAUUACAAAGAUUAGGAUUCAUUGUUUAUGGUACUGCUGAUUCCCCUGUUAUUCCAAUGUUAUUAUACUGUCCAUCGAAGAUGCCUGCUUUCUCAAGAAUGAUGUUGCAAAGGAAAAUUGCCGUAGUUAUUGUUGCUUAUCCUGCUACUCCAUUGAUUGAAUCUAGAGUUAGAUUCUGUAUGUCAGCUUCUUUAACCAAAGAAGAUAUAGACUAUUUACUACGUCAUGUUAAUGAAGUUGGAGAAAAAUUGAAUUUGAAAUUAAGUUCUGGCAAGCAAAGUCCCGAUGGUAAAUGUCAAAGAUGGGAUAUUGAAGAUGUUAUCGAGAAAACUCCUGAAGAUUGUAAAGAUGAUAAAUACUUUAUUUUAUAG